AUGGAGUCCGAAUCGGAGAGCGGGGCCGCUGCUGACACCCCCCCGUUGGAGACUCUAAGCUUCCAUGGUGAUGAAGAGAUUAUCGAGGUGGUAGAACUGGAUCCUGGUCCGCCGGACCCGGACGAUCUGGUCCAGGAGAUGGAAGAUGUGGACUUUGAGGAAGAGGAAGAAGAAGAGGGCAAUGAGGAGGGCUGGGUUCUGGAACCCCAGGAAGGGGUGGUCGGCAGCAUGGAGGGCCCCGACGACAGCGAGGUCACUUUUGCAUUGCAUUCUGCAUCAGUGUUCUGUGUGAGCCUGGACCCCAAGACCAACACCUUGGCAGUGACAGGAGGCGAAGACGACAAAGCCUUCGUGUGGAGGCUCAGCGAUGGGGAACUGCUCUUUGAGUGUGCAGGCCAUAAGGACUCUGUGACCUGUGCUGGCUUCAGCCACGACUCCACCCUAGUGGCCACAGGGGAUAUGAGUGGUCUCUUAAAAGUGUGGCAGGUGGACACAAAGGAGGAGGUCUGGUCUUUUGAAGCAGGAGAUCUAGAGUGGAUGGAAUGGCAUCCUCGGGCACCUGUCCUCCUGGCGGGCACGGCUGAUGGCAACACCUGGAUGUGGAAGGUUCCGACUGGUGACUGCAAGACCUUCCAAGGCCCCAACUGCCCGGCAACCUGCGGCCGAGUCCUCCCUGAUGGGAAGCGUGCUGUGGUCGGCUAUGAAGAUGGCACCAUCAGGAUUUGGGACCUGAAGCAGGGAAACUCUAUCCACGUACUAAAAGGGACCGAGGGUCACCAGGGCCCUCUGACCUGUGUCGCUGCCAACCAGGAUGGCAGCCUGAUCCUCACUGGCUCUGUGGACUGCCAGGCCAAGCUGGUCAGUGCCACCACUGGCAAGGUGGUGGGCGUUUUCAGACCUGAGACUGUGGCCUCUCAGCCAAGCCUGGGAGAAGGGGAGGAGAGUGAGUCCAACUCCGUGGAGUCCUUGGGCUUCUGCAGUGUGAUGCCCCUGGCAGCUGUUGGCUACCUGGAUGGGACCUUGGCCAUCUAUGACCUGUCCACACAGACCCUCAGGCACCAGUGUCAGCACCAGUCGGGCAUCGUGCAGCUGCUGUGGGAGGCAGGCACCGCCGUGGUUUACACUUGCAGCCUGGACGGCAUCGUGCGCCUCUGGGAUGCUCGGACUGGCCGCCUGCUUACUGACUACCGGGGCCACACAGCCGAGAUCCUGGACUUUGCCCUCAGCAAAGAUGCCUCCUUGGUGGUGACCACGUCGGGAGACCACAAAGCAAAAGUAUUUUGUGUCCAGAGACCUGACCGCUAA